AUGUCCACUGGUUCAGUCAGUGACCCAGAGGAUGAGGUGUGCUGUGGGCGUGUGGAGAGUUCUGGAGCCACCACUCCCCCUCUGUGCCGGUCUGUAGACUCUGAGGACGAUGAUGUGGGCAGUGCUGCAUGUGAAGGUGUGAAGAGUCAGCCGUCGCGGCGUGUGCAACGCAGUGCAGCAAACGCACGCGAGCGUGCACGGAUGCGUGUGCUAGGGCGGGCAUUCACCCGCCUGCGGACCACCCUGCCCUGGGUGCCUCCCGACACCAAACUGUCCAAACUCGACACACUACGGCUCGCAGCCAGCUACAUCACACACCUACGACAGCUACUGCAGGAGGACACACACACCAGCACACUGCACCCCCCUGCACUGAGUUGGCCGUUCAUGGUGUCAGGAAGACCAGAUGAAACCAAAGAGAUUUCAGCAGCACUCAGACUGUGUGGAGCUACAGCAUAG